CAUCAUCCCUAAUGAAGGGCUUGAAGACUGCAUGUGGCCGUCCUGCCGUCAACGCUAUCGUGGCGCUCAUCGAUCGCCGGCGUUCAGUUGGUGCCUGUCGCAAAGGUAAGCGGGGGUUGCCGUCGUAUGACUCGUAUCCCUGGUCGAAUCUCCACCUCUUAUCCGCUUCCUCGUUGCAUUUUCCGUUGCUUCUUCUGUGUUCAUCAUCCUAAAAUCGGCAAAGAUGAAAAGUGGUAGUAGUCAAAGCUUCUCUCAAUACUGGUGGUGAGCGCAUUAGUCUCAUGGCAUCGAUGGUUGCGUCGAGUC